AUGCACCCCAGACGUGUGGAUAUGAUGCAACAUAAAUCUCUGCACGGAAUGCUUGGCGUGUUAUUAACGCUAGUGUUUGGAAUAUUGGCAUUUGAGAUAAUAUUUUUGUCUAUGGAUGGCAAUUCAGUGAAGGGUCCGGAUAUUACUCAAGUCAUUACUGCCGUCACAAAAACGUCUCUCAAUACCUCGUUGAAAGGCUCUGACGCUUUCUACCCCGACAUUAUUUUUCAUACAGAUUGGAGUAAGUAUAUAAAAGAGAGUGAUAUUCUUCAUCAGGCAGCAUUGCAUCAAGCCUGUGUUCAGUAUUCAACGAGUGUAAUUCCAUGGACUUAUGGCUUAGCCAAAGAGAACGAGAAUUGGAAUCGUAUGCAACUCAUUAAUGAGUCGGAUCCAGAAUGGCUUCACAAGUUACGAAAGUGUCCUGAUAUUGACAUUUUCUUACCCCAAGGACUGCGAAAUUUCGGGUAUUGCGAGGAUGCUGCGGCUUAUGCAAAAUUUUUAGAGUCACGAAUGCUUCCGUACUGGGCGCUUGAUCCAAGAAGAAUUAACAACAACUCCAUCACGUAUCAUGAUUUAUGUCCUCACACACCUGUAAUUUUUUUUAAUCAUUAUUCGGAUGGUCUUCUUGACCUUCCAGACUGGCCAGCUUCGAAACCAGUCUAUGUGAUGCCUAAUAUUGAAAUGUAUGAGCUUGAAAGUGAAAAUUACUGGAGAGCGGAUGUGGUGCUUUGCAAGACAGCAUUGUGUGCCAAGUAUUUGAAAAAGUGGUACAAACAAGAGGGCAAUCGAAGAGGCACAAAAGUAUUUUACUCACGCCAUACGACAUCUAAUGUAGCAUUGGUGGCUAAGAGAAGAUUGUUAUUGAGUGAAAAUGAAACAAGAUCUGAAAAAAACUUUUCGAACGUCUCGUUUGUACACACUGUGGGUAGUAGUGCCAGUAAAGGAACAACGCAAGUGCUUGAUUGCUGGCUAAGUCAAAGUUUUCUCCCACGCCUGGAUGUUUACAUCUCCCAGGACUAUUAUAAUGAUGGUUACAAAGCAAAGUAUGAACAACGUAUAAAGAAGAGCUCCAAUAUUUUCAUACAUACUGGACGACUGGAACCCGCAACGUUUGGACAGCUCCUUACAGAAGCAGCAUAUUACAUGUGUCCAAGUCGACACGAAGGGUAUGGUCACUAUAUCAACCAAGCACGAUCCUCGCGUGCACUUAUCGUGACGACUGAUGUUGCUCCUAUGAACGAGUUAAUUACAUCAACUUCUGGUGUAUUGUUCAAAGCAAAGAAGAAGCCGCUCCAAAGUCAGUUUUUAAGUGGUAUAUCAAACAAAAAGCACGCAUUGCGUGGCGUCGAGGGAUAUUAUGCCGACUUUACAUCCUCUGAUGUAUGCAAAGCUAUGGCAAAAGUGCUCAACACAACGAUAGAUCAGCGUAUCGAGCGUGCAGACAAAGCAUUGCAGCAGUACUACUUUGAUACAGUCUUUUUCGCGCACAAAAUGAAGGAACUGCGCAUGAUUGCUCGUUCUCAUAGCUCAUACAGUUCCCACAACCAGUUGCGUUCUGGGCAUAUCGAGGCGAACGUUAAAAUUCCUGAAGUGGAAAAGAAUUAA